UCCCUAUUGAUGGUCACUUGGGACUUUCGGCACUUCCUCGUCAUACGCAGGUUGUUUUCAAGACUGACAUGGUGGAGGAAUAGGUCGAAAAUGUCCUUGCCCCUGUUUUCCGCGACCACUUGGACUCUUCUUAUUCUCCUAUUUACUCUGCUGAUCAUAUAUGGCGUCUGGCCGUACGGCUUUUUCAAAAAACUGGGAAUUCCCGGACCAAGACCCUUGCCGUUUGUGGGAACAAUUCCGUUUGCUUUGAAAAAACCUAGUCAUUUUGACAUUGACUGCCAAAGGAAGUAUGGGAAUGUCUGGGGGUUAUUUGAAGGACGUAAGCCAUUGUUAAUGGUUACAGAUCCGGAGAUGAUUAAAGCUAUCUUGGUGAAGGAAUGCUACUCUACGUUCACAAACCGCAGGGAAUUCGCCUCAGAGAUUGCAGGACCUUUUGUAGAUGGAAUAACGGUAGUCAAAGAUGAAAAGUGGAAAAGGAUUCGCAACACUGUAUCCCCAUCGUUUACCAGCGGACGGCUGAGACAGAUCUUUCCACUUGUAGAGCGGUAUGCAGAUCGACUCAUUGGGACCCUGAAAAAGAGAAAUUUGGAGGACUCCAUCAGUGUUAAAGAGUUUAUGGCAUCCUACAGUUUAGAUGUUGUGACCAGCGCGUCAUUCAGUGUCGACACAGACUCCACAAACAAUCCAGAGGAUCACUUUGUUCUUCAAGUCAAGAAGAUUCUCAAAAUGAGAUUUUGGCUCUUGUUUGUUACACUGAUUUUUCCCUUCAGUGUCCUUCUGUUUAAGCUACUGGAUAUUGGACUAAUGCCCAAAGACAGUGUGGAGUACUUCUAUAAUGUUAUAAAGAGAAUUAAAAACCAGCAUGUUGCAGAAGAAUCCAAACGAACAGACUUCUUGCAACUGAUGAUUCAGAAUGAGAUACCAGCGACACAGAUACAAAAUGAUGAACAGCCAAGUAAAGGUUUGACCGAAAAUGAGAUUCUCUCCCAGGCCUUCAUUUUCAUCUUGGGUGGCUAUGACACUACUAGCACCACUCUGAGCUACAUACUUUACCAUCUUGCAAUCAACCCUGAUGCAAUGCACACCUUGCAGGAAGAGAUAGAUUCCAACCUAACAAAAGAUGAUUCCAUUUCAUAUGAUAGCCUGAUGAGUCUACAGUACCUGGACCAGGUCAUUUGUGAGUCGAUGCGUUUGACCCCCACUGCACCUCGUCUUGAGAGACUAUGCAAAGCAACUAUUCAGCUCAACGGAGUCACUAUCCCUCAAGGGACCUUGGUGGGAAUCCCAGCCUAUUUGCUCCAUGUCAGCCCACAAUACUGGAGUACACCCGGGCUCUUCAAACCAGAAAGAUUCAGCAAAGACAAUGGAGAGGAGGUGAACCCGUAUGCGUACAUGCCCUUUGGGCUUGGUCCUCGUAAUUGUGUUGGGAUGCGCUUCGCUCUCUUGGUCAUGAAGGUGGUUCUUCUGCGGCUUCUGCAAAACUACAAUGUAAAGUCCUGCAGAGAAACUGUGAUUCCUUUGGAAUUCAACAUGAUUUUCCAGCCGAAGACACCGAUCAAACUGAAGUUUUCCCCAAGAUAACCAGAGGGUCCACAAAUAUUACUUCUAAAAUCCUGCUGAACAUGUUUUAAGACCCUAUUAUUCUAUUAGUAUGACACUCGCUAUAGAUGAUAUUUAGAGCUCAUUAAAAACUACAUUUUCAAUAACAUUUCAGUAUAGAGGAACUGGUGUUUCAUAUCAAUAUGCAGAAUUACAAUGUUGAUAAUUUCUUUGUUAUGAGUCAAGCCGCUCAAACACGGCACAAUUUGUUACAGUGGAAACCACUGAAAGCAAUCACAUCUAUUCGAGUUAAAUUGAUCGCUAUAAGCAGAUGAUUAUUAUAACAUUUUUUUUUCUUUAUUUCUCAUGAGAUUGUUGUAUCUAACUGAAAUUUGUAUACUUUCUCCUACUCCUUUUCCAACAUGUAACACAUAAUCUGAUGUGUAUGGAGAUUUGUUCGCUGAGCUUCAUGUGUGGAUUUGUUGAUCACUUCAGAUAAUUGGAAAUGGUUUAUCUGUAUGUUAUAUCCUGCUAGUUUACAUGUUCAAAAUAAAUCAUUCAUUAAUUACAUUCAGGGACGACUGGUACAAAUGGGCUAACAGGGCUGAGUCCUCCCUAUCUUUUACAAUAAAGAUGAGAAAAUUAUUGUUAAAAAAA